AUAAUUAGUAAAAUAGCCCCCCAGGAGGAAAAGGAAUCUCCAGGUGAGAUUCAGAGCUUCAUAGUCUGCACAGUUACCUGACAGGUUAUUCUUCAAGUGUUACUGUGGGUGGAGGGUUCCAGAUGUUCCUCAUACAUUUUUUUUUCUCUUCUCCGUAAUAGAGUUAUAAUCAGUAGGUGACCACCAGGGAUCUUUGCAGCUAUCUGUGGCAAGUUCCCAGUUCUCAGCAAGUGUGUGGUAGCUUGGAUACUGUGUUCCAUUUGAAGACCAAUCAAUCUUGCUUCCUCUGUGCCCUUCUGCCAGCUGAACACUGGAGAAAUAGUUGAUCCCGAAGUCCCAGGUUAGAAGGAAAUGGGAUUCGUGAACCCCUCAGAGCUGGAACCCCUCUGACCUGGAAUGACCAUCCUUCGGAUGGACAAUGUAUUUCUAUCAUUUCCUACUGUGGGAAUAUUGGGAUAAUGACUGUGAUAUUGAUCACAGAAGUAUGCUAAAGAUACAAACAGCUUGCAACUACUUGGCAGUUGUGGCAAGCAUCUUGAAGAGCAAUCCUUAAGUUUUGGUAUUUCUACAGAAUUAUGGAUCUUGAUGAGAACUAACUUGAAAAUUAACAGUUGGCAAACAGUUUUCAAAACUUCUGGCAUUUUAUCUUGGGGAAAACAAUACAGGGCACUAGCGAAAGAGAUGUUGGACAUUCAAGUAUCUAAGAGUAUAUAAAAAAUAAUGAGGCUGGAAAUGGAAAAGAAAAGAAAAUGUGCCUUAUUGCAUUUGGGGAAGUCUACAGUUAAUUCUCUAGUGGAAAGAAGAUGGAUGCCAUAUUUAAAACCUGAGGAGGACUGUUUACAAUUUGCCCUGCGUGCUCAGUUGGUGUCACAUUAGCCAAGGAUCCACAAUCAUAAUUAAAUCUAAGAUUCUAAUAUCUAGAGAGCAUAUACCGAUCAAUUAAUUAUUGAUCAUAAAACUCACACUGAAGUUAUAAUCAAAAAGCACUGAAGAGACAUUGGAUUUUGUAAAAUCUGAUAAACUGGAGAAAUUGACUAAAAUUCCUUGACUUUUUCUGGAAUACCUUUUUCCUUUUUUUUUUUUUUUUUGAAAGUAUGAGAAUAAAAUAAGAUACUGCAAGUUACUGAACACAGUGCCUGGUAUAGAUAGGUGACCAAUAGUAGUUAUCAAUAGUAGCUUUAAGCAUUAAACCAAUUCUUUAAAUAUUUGUAAACUUGGAAGCCAGGUGUGAUGGCACACACUUAUAAUCUUAGUAUUCAUCAGGUACAGUUAAGUUCAAGGCUAUUGUAAAAUACACAGCGAAACUCUGUCUCAACAAAACAAACAAACAGUAUUUAUACAUCCGUAUACUUGAAAGGAUGUUUAGGAAUCUUUGUGCAAUACAUUUACACAUUAAAAAAUGACUGUAGUCUGCUGAUAGAUUUCACGUGGUGCACAGUUCAAAAGGAAAAGGAAAAGAAUACAAAUAUUGGGUGGAAAUUUUCUUUCCUUGACUAUGCAAGGCACUCCCUGGAAUGUAGAAACGACUCAUUAGUUAUCCAAUUAUUUUGUCUGGAAAGACAUAACUAUUUUUAAACAAACAGCCUAUGUCUACAAAAAAAGUCAAACAUAACUGCAACUAUGUAUACCACGGUUACCUCUGGAAAGACCACCUUGAGUGUGCACACCAGCACUCUUACCAGCGUAUUCACUAUCCACAACCUACACACGAGCAAAUCUUGACAAUGUCAAUGUAAAUCUUUUGAAAAUUAAAAUAUAAAAUAGUUUAAGCUGCCUUUUAGCAUUCUGUUCUCACAAAACAAAUAACUCACCUUUUUCUUCCCUCUCUGAAACCACAUUACUAUAUUACUCCACAAGAUGCUUUUUGUUUCUACGUGUAACUUUAUUCUAUUUUUAAACAAGCAUAGUCUGAUUUUGUUUGCUUUUAGAAGACUCAUUCAGAGUCACAUAUUGUGGUACAGGUCUAGAACCCCAGCACUGGGGAGUCUGAGCCAGGAUGACUGCCAAGAAGGGAACCAGGCUAGCCUGAGCUGUAUAGCAAAUUCUAGAAAUUCCUGGGAUACAGUGUGAGAUCCCUUCUCAAAAUCCCUUCCAAGUGGGUAGGGGGAAAGGAGAAAGAAUCACAUUUAAAAGGACUUAAACAUUUACAUCCUAUUUCAUGCCUGUUUCUUUCAGUGUGGACAGCAUGUGUUUAGUGUAUCUCGGUUUCUUUGAGGCAGGAAGGAAGGGGUUAAUUCAUAGUUGGAUUUUAUGAGUUUUAUUUAUAUGCGAUGUGUGCUAAAUACUUAUCUUUCAGUUUGAAGUAUUUUCCCCAGGUGAUGGGAAGUAAAAAUGCCCAUCACAUUAAAAUUAGUUAAAAGAGAUCAUUUAGAUAUGAAAGUAAAGUUUGGAAUUAAAAUUAGGGAGGUGGGAUAGAUAUUUGACUCCUUGGAAUUACCGGAUGAAAGAGUAAAGGGGGAGGGCGAAGCUUUGUAGGGCAGGAAGACCCGGACACAGUGGGAAUGGAAGGCGGUGUGGGAGAAGAGAGAAAGGCAGUCACAGACUGAGACCGGUCAAGCAUCACAUCAAAUUUUUUACAUUCCGGCAUAAUAACAUUUCAGGGAUUCGAACCAGCAGAACACCAGUCCCUUUCCCCCUUACUUUAAAACGAUAAUGAUUCUCUUUUAAAGAGUCUCUCCCGGCCCCGCCAGGAAGAUCCUUUAAAAGCACGCGACCGGGAUGUGAAACUGAGAGAGUCUUCCUGCAGCACACAGGACCUCCCCUCUGUGUCUGGCACAGCUCUUCCCAGCUCAGCCAGGGAACCCAGACAAGUUUAUUUACACACCCCCCCGCCCAGCGUGCACAAACACACCCGCAGAGAGCGAGGGCGCGAGGGGCGGGAACGCCCUCUCUUCCAUCCCUUCCAAACAAUUAUCUGCCAGAAGAAAAAAAAAAAAAAAAAAAAAAAAAAAAAAAGCAAAUCCUUCGCCGCGCCGGAGGCUGGCGGGGUGGCGGGCGAGCCGGGAAACGUGGCCGCGCCGGCGAGCUGGGGAUUUGUGAAAAGGAGCGCUGGCCCGCGUGCGCCUCUUGUUCCCCGUGUAAUUUGCAGCCAAUCAUCGGGAGGUGUCCGCGCCCUGCGUCCUGCUCACCUCGGCCCGCCCCCGCCCCCGGCUCCGCACCGCCUCCCUCGCCUUUCUCCGCGCUCCCCUCCCCCAGCCACCGCACACACGCACACACACAAACAGAGCGAGGGGGGGGGGGGUGAGAAAGAGAGAGAGAGAGAGAGAGAGAGAGAGCGAGAGAGCGAGAGAGAGAGAGACUCCCCGGCUCCCUCCCUCCCUCCCUCGCACACAGCGACUGGAGACGGACCGGGAGCAACGCGCCGGGAAGAGCAGAGACCACCGACAACAGCCCCGCGCUCUCCCACACACGCUCACACUCGGCGCUUUCCUCUCCACCCCCACCUCCUCCUCCUUCCACCCCCUCCACUAACACCAUCUCCUCCUCCUCUCUACAACAAGAAAAAAAAAAGCCAUUUACAGGGGGUGAUGUGCAACUAAUUAAAGGCAGACUGGCAGCGUCUGUAAAUUCUAAGGCUCCCCAAAUAAAAAGAGACUGUUGUAACAGUUGGAGGAUAAUGCAAAGGAAGACGCUGCUUGGGAAGUCACCGUCUGUGGACAUGCGCCCCAGAGAGGACUAGAGCAGCCCUCGCCUUGCUCUCCCCACCCGGAUCCCACUUUCCUGCACGGCCCGGCCCGUACCCCGACCCCACCAUCACCCGCUUCCCUUCCCCCCACCUCUCCCCCUUUCCCACCCAGGUGUCGGACCAGGCGGUCCCCACUUCCACCCUGCACCCCUUCUUCCCCCCCUGCACCAUGAACACCAAUGUCUGCGUGGAGCCCGGGCCGAGCCCGGAGGCCCCGGGCUUGCCCAAGGAAAGCCACCUGCCCGAGGGGGCCCUGAACAGCCUUGUGGAUUACAACUCGGAGAUGGAGCGUUACCGCUCCUUUGCCACCUCCUUCUACAAGACCAACGGGGGCGCCUUCCCGCAGGCAGCCAAGAUCGCGCGCAUCACCACCCCCAUCUUCCCCAGCAGCGCCGCCGCCGCCGCGGCCGCCGCGCGCAUCGGCAUGUCCCCGUGGAACUGCGACAACGCGGCCACCGCCGCCGCCACCGCGAUGCUCUGGGGCAGCGGGGGCGGCGGCGGAGGCGGUGGGGGCGGGGGUGGGGGCGGCGGGGCCGGCAGGAAAUCCUCCUCGGCCGCCGCCUCCUCCUCCGCCUCCUCCUCGGCGAUCCUCCCCGCCGCCGGCGGUGGCGGUGGCGGCGGCGGCGGUGGCAGCGGCGGAGGCGGCGGCGGCGGCGGCGGCGGCAGGACCAGCAUGCACCACCGGAACGACUCCCAGCGGCUGGGGAAGGCUGGCUGUCCGCCAGAGCCGUCGUUGCAAAUGGCAAAUACUAAUUUCCUCUCCACCUUAUCCCCCGAACACUGCAGACCUUUGGCGGGGGAAUGCAUGAACAAGCUCAAAUGCGGCGCUGCUGAAGCAGAGAUAAUGAAUCUCCCCGAGCGGGUGGGGACUUUUUCCGCUAUCCCGGCUUUAGGGGGCAUCUCAUUACCUCCAGGGGUCAUCGUCAUGACAGCCCUUCACUCCCCCGCAGCAGCCUCAGCAGCCGUCACAGACAGUGCGUUUCAAAUUGCCAAUCUGGCAGACUGCCCGCAGAAUCAUUCCUCCUCCUCCUCGUCCUCCUCGGGGGGAGCUGGCGGAGCCAACCCGGCCAAGAAGAAGAGGAAAAGGUGUGGGGUCUGCGUGCCCUGCAAGAGGCUCAUCAACUGUGGCGUCUGCAGCAGUUGCAGGAACCGCAAAACGGGACACCAGAUCUGCAAAUUUAGAAAAUGUGAAGAGCUAAAGAAAAAACCUGGCACUUCGCUAGAGGUCAGAGGAGAUGAUUUCUUGUUUCCCAGUCUUGCCCCCUCCCUCCUCACUCCCCUGCCCUCUCCCCCACAGGGUUUCUUGUCUGGAUUCAAGACGCAGCACCCCCUUUUCUGAAGCUUCUUGCAGGUUGAAACAUACUGACAUAGGUGGUUUGCAGAGGGCAUGGCCUCUAUACCACCCUCCCAGCUGCGCUUCACGGAACCGCCCUUCGGCUAGAGAGUGCCCCUCCUUUUUCUGUCUCUGGAAAAAAAUGCAAUUGGUCUAAGAAUCCGAAGUUUUGCAUCUGAGCAUGCUUAAUAUUUUCCCUUGCUGUUUUAAACUGUUCCAUAAGGAAAACCCCAAAACAAAAAGCUCUGUCCAAAAUAUUGAACAUAUUUAUCAUUCAUAUAUACGUAUAUAUGGACAUACUAUAUAGGCCCAGACAUAACACUACAUAUGUGGAACACAACUUACAGUAUAUGCAUACAUAUUUGUAUAUAACAUCUUUGUGUGUGUGUGUGUGUGUGUGUGUGUGUGUGUGUUCAAAUGCCUGGAUUCAGAGGGGGUGGUUUAUCCUCUUCUAGAAUAAUUUUCUCCUGAGCCUAAUGGAAUGUUUUUGUUUCCUGUUUUAUUUUUUGCCUUCCUGAUCAUUUUUUGAGCCAGCAGAGAGUAUAGAAAGCUGAUUGUCACCAGCCAUUUUUGAGAUGUGACUUUGAGUAAAAUGAUAAUUACUUACUAGUGUGGCUAAUGGAGAGCUUAUUUUUAAAAUAAUUAAUGUAGUUCCAGGAAAACUCCAUUGUUUUUGUUGUUGUUUUAGACUUUAUAUUUCUCUUAGGUUCAGUAUCUGACAAAGUAACCAUUUUGUGGUUGCAAAAUUACUCUAAACAUAGGAAGGUUUUGGUUGGUGCCAUAUAUGGUAAAUGAUAGUUUACUUUUCUUAUAGGUCUUUAAAACAGACAUUAUUCAUUGAAGUAAUGGUAACAUUAGGCUUUUAGUUGCACUUCAAAAUAAGAUUGAUGUAUGUGAUGAACAUUUUAUAUGAUAGCCUAGUCAAAACACAGGAGGAAAAAAUGAAAGAUUACAGGUAUAUUGUUUUGGUAACAUUUAGAAAGGAAAUAUGGACAGGCAAUCACAGUCUGUGAUGAAAUCUAGAGAGGGAGGCUAGCUGGUUAGCUGCCUGUGCAAAUGUGAGACAGGGCAAUGGGUUUCCUGUUAGAGAAGGUUCUGUGGACCCGACUGUAUGUUGAGUGACUGUCACAAUCCAUCCUGAGGAAUUCUUAGUUGCACAUUCUUUUAAUUAUCAGGAACAUGACCUAAGGAUGUCUUCUUUAAAUCACUGAGAACUGUAGAUUUAAAGAAUAAACACAGAAGUUAAAGAUUUUGCUUCUGUUUUGACUACAAAGAAGAUGGAUCAUCUUGGUACAAAUCAAGGCCAAGGGACUGGGGUUUCCAAAGUUAGAAGCAUAUAGACUACAAUUCCAUCACAACACUGCAUGUGUUCCUCCUUCCGAAGAAACCAGGUCUACUUGGGAACCUUAAUUGUGUCCCAGGGUUCUUCAUUGUUCUUCCUGUGGGCAACUCUGGUCAAGCAAAGGUAACAGCAGCUACAGUACAGGUUUAUGUAUUCUCUCAGAUGGCAAACACAUUAACUUUUGCACUCUCUGUUGGGGUUUAAUUUACCAUAACUUCUUUCGUUCUGGAAGACCAUGGGUAAUUCAAGUUUAGCUUAUGAUGUGGACGUUUCUAAUGAAUGGCUAGUGAGUAGGAUAGUAUGACUUCUAUUUUGUCCUAGAGAGUAGUCUGUAGGGUUACAGUUUUGGCAUUGUAUAUCGUAUAACAUUGGCAUUGUUAUACCUCAGCUUUAGCUGUAGCCACUGGCACCACCUGUACACCAUUGUAGGGAAUGUAGUAGAGAGGAGAACUCAAUAAUUCUCUUCUAUUUAGUCAGUAACCACUCCAGAGGAGUUUGUUAUGAGUUCUGAUAGGCUGCCAGCCAUGUUUCUAGGCUGGUGAGUUCGUUUAAACUGGUUUCCUAUAUUUCUUUUCUGUGUCCCUUUUAAUGGUUUCCCACAAACUUUUCAAAAUUUUUUCUUCAUAAUUCCAAGCCUUUUAGAGUCAUUUUUGUCUAUGAAAAUGAGCAUUCCCAGAGCGUUGUGGCCUCACAGAAGGUGGAGAAUGGGGGAGAGAAUGCACGUUGCCCACUGCAGGCAUUUUCCAAAGUGAGGGUUCCUUCUACCUACCAGGGCACGGUUACAGUUCAGGGCCAUGAUACCUCAUGGAAUACCACUGGGAAAAACAGAAGAAAAAAAAAAACAGUUUUCUAAUUUGUCUGAAUGUUUAUCCAGGUCCUAAAUAAAGUAAUUGUGGUGUGAUGCUCUCAAACCCACAUGGAACCCCAUGCAGCACUUGUCUUAAACUUGUCUUAAACUACCUUAAACCAUUGAGCCAAAGCUGAAAGGUUGCCCUGCUGAUCUGCUUUCCCAUCACUAAUUUGGUCCAUUCCUAUCUCAGAAGAUGUUUUUGAGACUGGGUGGACUCUUGUCUGAGGUCCACGAAUUGGAUUUCAGCCAUAAACUGAGUAGCUAAGACUUGUGGCUUUAACUUCUAGACACAUAAGUAGUUUACAUUUGCACACUACUAACAACUCUUACUCAGCACUCUAAACCUGUGUGCCUGCCUUCCCUUUGACCUGUUCUUAUCUCAGAACCGAGACCAGAGGCAUAGUCAGAUUGCUUUUAGGCUGUGUAAACCAAGAUUAAGAUAGAUGCACAGGAUGUGCUGGGAUUUGUGCAUAUAUUCUCUUGAGCCCCCCUUCCUAGCCUUCCUUUAAAUGUGACCUUCCCCUGCUUAGUCUCAUUUUAAGAGCAACUUAUGUUUAUAGAAACCACUCCUUGUUGACAUUCAGUAUGGCAAUACCCAUGGAACAGUGUGUGCUCUCUGUUCUGUGUAUUUGCAUAUGUCACUGCUCCUUCAUCAAUCACUACAUUAACAAAUAGCCACUAAUUGUUAAAAGCAGUUGAUACAAAUGCAUUGUGCUCCCAUGGGACAGAACUUACUUUUAAGAAUGUAUGUCCUUAAUUAACAUUUACUUCCUAGAUAUAGUUAAAAUAUGACCAUGUGGGAGAUUAUUAUCAUGUUAGGUUAAUACUUGUGUCUCUUGUAGAGCUAAUUCUUCAGAUUGUAUAUACACAAACACUUUUUUUUCCUGAUACAAAGAUUUACCUUUUUAAAAUAUCACGACCUAAUGUAACUCAAGGGAAAGAGACCCAUGGGCAAGCCCCGCCUCUUAGUCCCUGAACAUUGUUUGGGUGACAUGACUGAUCUCUGUGGGACAGCAUUAGAGACCACACAGAUCUGGUUUCCCUCCCAUUAGCUGAUUUAUGGAAUUGCAUUAGGGAAGCUCUGCCUCUGGGAGGUUUCCCUGCCCCUAUGCCUGCUCUCUUCCCUGCCACAGCUUUAUAGAGAAGAGAUGAGAAAACUGGAGCGGAAAAAAAAAGUUAAAAGGGUGCAUAUGUUUUUCUUUCUCUUUUCUCUCACUUAAAAAAUAGGAAAUGUGUUGAUGUACCAGCUCCCAGUAAUGUUUCUAGAAGCUUGAGAUUCUAAAGGAUUUGAUUUAAAAAAAAAUUCUGAUAUUAUCAAGUGAAACUAGAUAACUUGAUUCAGAAAAGUGUUUUAGAAGUGGAGAGAGAUACUACAUACAAAUUUAAAGUUCUAAGGGCCCCCAACCAAUAGCAAUUGUGAAAUUCUAAAUAAAGUAUUGUGUCUGUAAUUUGUGCAGAAUGAUGGCUGCCUGCUAAGAAAAUGAAUUUGUAGCCCACAUCUAAAGUAGAUGUGUCACUAUCUAGUUCAAAGCUAUAGAAAAUUAGUAAAUGACUGAACACUUCAUAAGGAUUUUGAAGUUUAGUGGGUUGUUAAAAAAGUAUAUAUGCAUAGAUAAAUAUAAUAAAUCUUUCAUAUUUUAAGUUGAAACCUUUUCACUUUGUCAUUUCAUGUCGUAAUUUCAAAAUGAGUUUUCAAUUUAACAAUUUAAACUUGCUAGUAGGAAAAAUGUUUAAUUUAUUUAUUUAUUCACUUUACAAGCCAAUAUCAGCUCCCCUCUGGGUGUCACCUCUCCACUUCCUGCUCAUCAAGUCCCUGGGAAACUAGGUGUGUUCUCUCCCUCUAAAGGAGGGAAAUUUUUUUCAAUAAACUCCAAAUAAACUGAAACUUUUUUGUUAUAUUAAAAUACAACAAGGUCAUAAUCCAGGGGGAAGACCCAGAGUCUAUAAAUGAUAAAGAAAAGAGCUCAGAAAUGUUCAGUUUUGGUCAGAGAUAUAAGGCAGUUUCAUCAUGAAGAUACUGAACUACCCAGUCAGCUGCUCUACCCACCACUCCAUUCAGUCCAAAGGAGUUAAUGUUGGUUUUAUGCACACCAGAACUCAAGUUGUACAUAAUAAAUCCAUACGACUCCAUCUGUUAGUUAAAAAUAUAAUUGCUUAUGAAAGUAAGAUUUUUUUUUCUUCUUAAAUGGAACUGAUAGUCUCAUCUGUCUACACAGCAUGGAAAAAUCUAAGUAGUAAUUUACGUGGCAAUUAGAAGUCACGAAAUAAAAUUGAAAAAAUAAUCUAUAGACUAUACCCUAUAUAGGAUAUUUCUUUGAAACUUAGACAUCAUCAAACAAGCCAAGCCAAAGACAAGACAACAUUCAGAAAGACAAUGAGGAAAAAAUUAAAUAACAUUAAACUUUGGGCUUCAGCUGAAUGGGAUAAAGGUAUUUGGAGAAGAGGUGGGUGUUUAUUUAGCAAUGAAGGCUGUAGAAGUUUCUUGCCUUGAAAGUUUUAAUGAUUUCAUGACUGUUUUGCCCUUCUGUGCAUCAUCUAUUUUUCUUUUGGAUGGAAUGUCAGGGUUCCGCAGAGUCAGACUUAGAGAUCGAUGCAGAACCGUUUGGCAAAGUGAUCUGUAAGACUGGAUUUAAAAGGUCUGCAGAGAAGAUAAAGCAGUCCACCAUAUUUUCUCCAAGUACAUUUUCCACCAUAUUGGAAACUGGAGAUAGUAACUGCUAUGAGCCCUGAAACCCUGUUGGGAUGUUCAUUUUGGAUAUGAAGUUAGACAUUUACUUAUUUUAAUAUUUCCUAGGACUAGGCUCGAAUGUGUUUUUAAGACGUCGCAGGUCCUCUUAAAGGUCUAUUACUCAAUCAGAAUUGACCAGGCGAUCUGAAUAUAUAGUUCACCUUUACUCGAAAACAAUUCACUUAAAUUUUGCAUUGAAAAACUUUAAUAAUGUAGUGUCCUAUUCAGUGCAUUCCACAUAAGCCAGGUGUGUUUCAAUUUCUUACAUUAUACACAACACUUAAAAAAAAAUCCUGAUUAAGCCAUCCAGUGGUAUCUAGGUAAAGUAAUAGGUUGAAGUUAGGAUGUAUUUAAAUAUUAAAUUUUCUCCUAUUAAUAAGUUAAUUUAUGAAAGCAGAAGUGAGCUCAGAACACUUUGUACAGGGUGGUGAUCGGAAGUGUGUUUUCCAGACACUUGGAAAGAUAUGAGGUGGUUUGGAUGGAAGAAGCAGAACGGUUUUUGUAAAACCUGGUUUUUGUAAGAACUUGUUUUAAGGAAUCUAUUUUGUAUAGGCUGUAAGUGCUGUGGGCAUGUGUGUGCUUAAUUUUUGUUCCUUCAGCUCCACCUCAGUGUUUAUGCCUACCUUAUACUUAGUAUUUGGCAUUGCUCUGGUAUCCUUGGGAGUUCCAUGGUACCUGAGCAGGGGUGUGGGAGUGAUUUUAUCCAAGCCAUCUCUUGUUCUAUCCUUUGCAGAGACACCUGCCCAGAAACUGAAUUAUUCUUCUGGGUUACUGAAAACCCUCCCUUCAUCCAGCGGUGUGUUUUCUGUUUUCUAUUGAGUUAUGCUGUAUCAUACUUCACAUGUGACAGAUAUUUAAUAACGUCAAGUACUUAGCUCUGCGGGGUUUGAAGGGAUCCUAGCAGGCUUGUUAGCUCUAAGUUAAAGCAAUAUAAAGAAUUUUUUCCCCUUUGUGAAAUUUACAGCCCAUGUCUUAGUCUCCUUCAGGAGCUUGAGAAUACAUAGCUAGGUAGAAGCUCAAGCUUGCAGACUCUCCUCUCCAUUUUCCUUAGUAAUUAUCACAACUCUUUUAAUGCAGUUUCUUACUAAUGGCAAAAUGGUUACUUUUCCAUGUAAGUCAUAUUCAUUCUGUAUUUAUUUUAUGUAAAAUCAAAUAUAAAUUAUAUUCAGGAAAUAUAAUACUAGUUUCCUGGCUUGCCUUUUUUCCUUCCUUCCUUCCUUCCUUCCUUCCUUCCUUCCUUCCUUCCUUCCUUCCUUCCUUCCUUCCCUUCUCUCCUUCUUUCUUCCUUUCUUCUUUAUUUUUUAAUUAAAAAGGUGCAUCAGGGCUAUGUUGUCACAUAGAAAAUCUAUGAAAAAGCAUCUCCUGUCUCAGGCAAUGCUUAAGACACUAGACAACUUCAUUGAGAGAGUUAUUCUCUAUGUGACUUAGUUCAAGAGACUCAAUAUGAGGAAAGAAUUAAAUACUUUCUAUAAAUACCAGCCAGAGAAAACAUUUAGCUUUGAAAAACUGAAAUGUAUAUAAUAGUAAACAUUACUUAGAUAGAAGAUUCAGGUAUCUGUUUAGUAUAGAUGUGAGACAGGUAAAAAUGAUUUUGAGGAAAAACUGAGAGGCUCUUAAAGAAGUGGAAUUCUAACCACAGAAGUAUCUUAUCUUUUUGAGUUAAAAAAAUAUUAGGAUGCUAAACAGUAUAUAGAAGGGCAUUGGUCAAGAUGGGAUGUGGAUCUCUUCAUCCUUCCAGAAGUUUGAAAGUUUGCAGAGGGGGAAAUAGGACAAAAGGAAGGAACAGAUGUGCAAGAUCUGACUUAACACAUUCGGCUUGAGAGUGGGAGCUGCGGCCCUCAGUUUAGUGCUGAGUGAGUUCUCAAGUGGGAUAUCUGUGUCCCAGCUGAGGUUAUCUUGAUGUACGCCCUCGAAACACUUGGUAGCACAAUUCCAGGGUACAGCUAAAACACUUCCAGGAUAAGGAGAAAACACGAUCCCAUUUGAGUCUUAUCUACAUUUAAUUUAUAUCUUAGCGAGCAGUCUAAAAAGUUGCCAAAAGUGUUGAAGCGGGAGAGAACUCUGCUGAAAGUGCUAUUCCUUGCUCAGCAUAGCAGACCAUAACUGGAUGAUUGAUAGAAGCAUCCGAGGGAUAGAGAUCAAGUCGGAGGAGGAGAGACCGUGGCAGGUGCCUGUAGAGCAGGAAGAGUGAUGGGCAGUUCUGUGGAUUUCAGCAAAUCUGGCAAAUUCUGAAAAAGAUGUAUUUUCUCUAAAACUUCCUAAAGCAUGUAGAAGGUGAUGAAAUAACUUUCUUUAAAGGAAGAAAACCACUGAAAUGUAAUUCUGUGGAAAUGGUAGUGAUUAGCUUUGGUAUGUCAGAGGUCAAAAAUUUUUUGUGCUGGGAGAUGAGUAUGCUGUGGAAAUGUUUCUGUAGGCUAAGUGAUGAUUUUAACGGAGUUGAAAUAAGGGAAAGAAGGAGAUAUAGAUCAUGAAAGGUGAGCUGCAACACUUUUAUUAAAUCUCAAGUCUGCAUUUUACUUUUUGUUCACAGAAAACAAAAUAAAGAGUACUGCCUUGUCUCCAUAUCCAAAGAAAUUUGUUUUCUAUUUGCUGCAAGGCUGCAUUGUGUAGUGUUGGGGAUCAUUUUGAGUGUGGUGUCUCUCUGGGUUUCCCUCCUGGGUGUCCCUUCACAUGAUUAUGGAUUUGAGAGACAUGGGGUUCAGUUGAGAUUGAUGCUGAGUUUUGUCAGGCUGCAGGAGAGAUUGUUAAACUAAUUCAGGGCUUGUAUAUCAGAGGAACAUGAUAUCAGUUUGUUGGCUCCUUCAGAGAAAGUGGAAUAAAGUAGAACAGAGCAGAAAAUAUAUGGAUGUGCCACAGGCAAGUAGUACUCCUCAGUGAUGGUUUCCGCUGCAUUAGGCGGGUGCGGAAAAAUAUGAAGGUGUUGGCUACUUUCAAAUAAAAUUUGGAAAAUGUUAGCAAUAGCAGUUACACAACUGAUCAUAUCUUUAAUGAGAAAGGACAUUAUAUUUGAACGUUUUUUUAGUAAGAUGAGUAAAAUGUACACGUUCUAUAAACAGCAUCUCUUGAUUCCAAGACAGGCUUCUGCCUAUGUUGUGCAUUCACAGAGCUGGUAAGAGUGUGGUAAAACACUUGGUAAACUAGACUCAGCUAAGCACAUUUAGGCAGGAGCUGCUACCUUUUAAUGUUUGAAUGCAACUUCAGUAGAUACAUGGAUGUGUAUACAGACAGCUACAAUGUGUCCAGGUUUAAGGAAGCCCUUUUCCUUCUUUCCAACUGCUGUCUGCCAGUACCUUUAUGAUUCCCUAACUCAAGAUUUUAGUCCUUUAUCUAAGGUUCUUAGUUACUUCUUCUUAUGUUCAAUUGCCAUCUAAGAAGUGAAAUAAUUAUAAAUUGGAGACUUGAACGUUUAGACAACUCAAGAAGCAACUGCACACUUGUGGACCUGGUUCACCCCAGUUUUGUUCUCCAUACUGGAUAAGGGGCACAGAGAUAGGGUGACUGCAGUGCUACUGUGGGUGGUCUUUCAUGUCAUAUUAAGAAUUUUUUGCUGUAUUUUGAGGUAUAUGUUAUAGGCUCUGAAUAAGGGAAGGGGAAUAUUAGAAACACAGGGUGUACAGAGUGGGGGAAGAGCACAGGCAGGCUACAGGAUGCUGCAGAUUGGGAAAGCAUUGGGCUUUAGGUCACUCUUGAGUCUGCUCAAAUCAGAAAUAAACAGCAAUUGUUAAUGUAUUACAGUUUGUGAGAUGUCUCAGAUGGUUCUGGGAUCAGGCCCAUUAGAACCAGUCAGACUUCUUUUCCUUCACUCAUCACAAUGGCAAAAUUAGUUCCAGAGAGAUUAGCUGGGCUUAGCUUUUCCUUGCCUUUGCUGAAUUCUUUCCAACCUGCUCCCUCUCUCUUCUCCUUUCCUUUGUUUUCCUCUUUCAAUUUUCUCUUUAAGAAUAAAAUUCAGCUAUUCAGUUAGACACAAAGGAAGGCCAAGGUGAGAAGAUUAAAUCCUCAAAAUUAACUAAGGAUAGUGUUUAGGUAAACUUGGUUAAUUAUUAACAACCAAGUACUCAAAGAUGUGAGCAUAACUUUAAGGUAGUUGUAAGAAAAGAUUCUGGAAAAAUAUUGAAUUGAGCAUAUGGAAAAGAUUCCAGAACAAAGGUGAAUAGAUUAUUGCUUACUAUGGAUUAUAAACACAUCCCGUGGCAAAAACAAUAGAAUUGUUCAUUUAUUUUAAGAGACCACGUUUGCACAAAUAUGUAGAAAAACCCAUGAACUUUUCCUGAGGGUGAAUUGGAACCUAUAGACUGGAGUGUUGUGGGAUGUGGUGAUCCUCUGGUGUCAAGGGAGUGGAAUCCUUCAUAUGUGUAUCUUCUAAGUGUAAGUGAACCCACAUAUACUCUCAGUGAUUGAGGGCACAUUUAAAAAAAAAACAAAUUAAAUUAAAUUAAUUGUUGCUUUCAGAUUUUUUAUUUUAAAAUUACUAAGGAAGACAAGGAGGUCAAUGAAAAAUUGUGAACAUUCCUUGUACUGGUGACUCUAAGUUGAAAGCAGAGAGAGAGACAGAGACAGAGACAGACAGAGAGAGACAGAGAGAGAGAGAGAGAGAGAGAGAGAGAGAGAGAGAGAGAGAGAGAGAGAGAGAUGGGGCAAAGAGAAAGGAGAAAGGAGAGACUAUUGGGAGGUACAGCUUCAAGACCUUGUGCUGUUUCUUGGAGCAGGGCUCUAGCCAAGCGAAGUGUGUUGCUGAUGGUAUCUAAUUGCUGGAGCUACUUAGAAGAAUGUUCUCUGAAUUUCUCUGGUCAAUUUAGGAGCAUAAAACCCUCACGGGGUUCUAGGCUGGGUCUCUCUCAGUGGCUGAGGGUUACCAGAGGAGAUGUUGAACAACUUGCAAGUCCCUGACCUGGAUCAAAACAUUAUCCAACUCACACCUUUAUGUAAUAUCAAAAAAAAUAUUUCUCCAGUCUCCAUGUCUAUAGGAAUGAGAGCAACCACAAGACCGGCUAGGGAUCAUAAUUGUAACUACGGGGGUAAAUUUUAAUAAAAGUCUAUUUCAGUCUUAGCUCUGAUAAGUACUAGAAAUAAUCUAUAAUUUUCUCAUGGUUGUGAAAAUAUCUCUUCUUGUUUUCAGCAAAAGAGUGGUGUACUUGAUAGAAAUUCAGGAUCGUAGCAAAAGUUUAUUGCAAGUUUCAAAAUUAUUAAACAACUUCAUCAUUUUUUAGUAGCUAUUUUCUCCUAAAGGCAAUAUUGCGGACAGGAAUUAGCAGGUCAGCAUCAGGGAGAGAGGGAGGGAGGGAGGGAGGGAGAAAGGGAGAGAGAGAGAGAGAGAGAGAGAGAGAGAGAGAGAGAGAGAGAGAGAGAGAGAAACAGAAAUAUAUUCAGAUCCUAAAGCCAGAUAUAUUUCUAUAUAUGUAUACUCUAAUACAAGCUUGCAGAAAUAUAAAUAACACUGGUACAUUUAAAUUAUUAGCAGUGUAGCUUAUGUUUCAUUAACAUAAAUUUUACAUAUUUAUUUUUGUGAGCCAUAGCUUUAUGUAGCCCAGGUUGUCUCACAGUAGCUUGAGAUCACCUUGUUUCUCUUGGCUACACAAAGUGCUGAGAUCACCACCAUGGCCAGUUAAUUUUACAGUUUUAAUUUCAAUGUUACUCUUAUACCCUGUUUACAUGUAAGAUUAAAAUUAUCAUAUGGAAUCAUUUUUGUAAAAUACUCUUGAAAACUGUGGGUCACUGAAAAAAUUACCUAUUUCUCUAUAGUGUGAUGCUACUGUAUCAGAGUGACUUCUUUUCUGUCCAAGAACAUUUUAAUCACUAAAAUAGCCAUAUAUGUCACAAUAAUCUUACUCAUCUGUUGGGCUGUAGUGGUUUCAAGUAUUUUUUUUAACCACAUGUAACUAUAUGUAGCAUGUAUCAAGGUUCAUGUUUAAAGAAGUUGUUUGCAAUAGAUAUUAGGGACAGAAAGUACAUGUCCUUUGGGUUCAUGGUGUCCACAUGUUAUUUGUCUUCGCUCUGACUCCAUCUCUUCCCAAGUACUUGUCUCAGCCUCUUUCCCUAACUGGCUCAACCCUCACAUGCACUUAAUUCCCUUUUAGUGUGGUUUUCAAGUGUGUCCUUCUGUUUACAGUUAGCUAGGUUUGCCUCCUACAUCUUACCAUCUUGGUGGUGGUAGUAAUGGUGGUGUGGUAGAAAGAGUAACAGGAGCCACCCCCUACAGAGAGCAGAGCCUGAAAAUGCACUGGCUAGCCCUUCACCAUCGACCAGAGGAAUCCGAGUGUCAGUUUAUAAUGUCAGAUGUCAGUUUAGAAGCCAGGAAGGGGGAAUGCACCUUCCAGUCACUGGUUCUGUAUUUAGUACGUGUCCUCCUUUAGAUAUUACCAGUCAGUGGUAUCACUAUAGUUAUUUUUACUUACUUCUAAAUAUCGACCAAAGAGGAGUUAUGUGCUAAAGGAAUCAUUUACAGGAGAAACACAUCUGAUAUGUUAUGAUAUAUAUAUAUAUAUAUAUAUAUAUAUAUAUAUAUAUAUAUAUAUAUAUUGAUAUAUAUUGAUAUAUAUUGAUAUAUAUUGAUAUAUAUCCCUCAGGUAUAUUAAUAAGCCUGAGGAAGAAAGAGAGGUGUAAUUUAAAACUAGAGAGCUGGGGGAAGUGACGAAAGUCUAUAAUCCCAGCACUCUGAAAACUGAGGAAUUUUUAGGCCAGACUGGAACACAAUGAGAUCUUACUUAAAAAUACCAAACAAAAAAAAGAAAAAGAAAAAAGAAAAUGUUAGAAAGUAAAAUCAUACUCCUAUUCACAUAUCUAAUAGGAGUUAGUUUUUACUCUAAGGUUAUUUUUUAUUUAUUAACAGUACAUUCCAAGGCAUCACAUUAAUCACUGGUCAUAAAUUCAUGGUUUUCUCAUACCUGAUUAUGUUCUAUCUAUACUCUUUAGUGGCCUAGUAGUAGACUAUGCUUUUAACAGUAUAACAUUUAAAGACGAAGUGAAAAAAAAAGAGCAAAAUCUGCUUCCCUUUGCUGGAUAUCACUUUAAACCAUAAUUAACUAAAGAUUUUACUUAUGUAUAAACAUAUGUUAAGGUAUAUGUGCGUGGUAUGUGCAACAUCUAUGGUAUUGUGCCUGUCGCAAAUCUCCAAGUAGAUUUUGAAAUUCACUAGGAAGAAACAACACAUUUAAUGACAUCUUAAUUUUAUUUUAUAAAUCACACCAGAAAAAAAAAAAAAGGAAGUCUUCCAUUAUCAGGAACCCUUUUGAUUUUGUUUACUCAAAAGAACAAAACCCUAAAGUUGAGAGGUUUUUUUAAAACUACAAAAAAACAGUCAGAUGCUAACGGACAACAGUGAGAGUCUGUUACCUUUUGUCUUAUUCAUUUAUGUCAUUUUCAUUGCAGGUUCUCAGAGAUUCAUUAACGUCUUUAAACUGUAGCACUAAUAUGUAGGUUUAAAUGUAGCAAGAAUUUCAAAACUCAAGGCUUAAGGCGUCCCUGAGUCUAAUUUGGUGGCUUUCCCAGGAAGGUGAUAUCCCAGAAAGUCUCCAAGCAGCGUUCAUUGGCUCGUGCACCCUGAAAUUGCAUGGACUUUGGCUGAAAAACAUUUUUUUCCCCCAUCACAGUGUGAAAAUCAGAAACUGAUUCGAUGAUGUGGGUUCCACUCACUGUCAAUAACCACAUGGAACUGUAUUUUUAAUCAGUGUGAGAAUACUGCUAUUCUCAAAUUCUAACUCUUUAAAACCAUUGUGUUAGAUUCCACCCGCUUCACGGUAGAAAUUUUGAAGGCCCCAGGUGAAUGAUGGAAUCCUUUGUUUUAGAAAGCAAUGCAAACAAAUAUUAGCAAAGUAUUUUAUCAUUCUCAGUCGAAAAUCUUAGUGCCACCUUCCUUAUCUCUAUUUAGGAAUUCGUGCAUUCCGUUCAUUUUUGGCAUUCCGGUGUAGUAUGGUUUCUAAGUGUGUCCUUCUGUUGAUGGCCAUAGCUAGGUUUGCCUCCUACAUCUUCCCAUCUUGGUGAUGGUAGUGAGGGUGGUGUCAGAGGAACAGGUAGGAAGGCUUUGGUCUUUGAAACCUCAGGUGUAACUUCAGGAAAAUGUUUUACUGUGGCAAGUGCUGCCACAUUCCCCUCUCUCUGCCGUAUCUAUUGAGCUAAAUGGUCACACACCACACUCACAUUUGUCCAGUUUUAGAUCCUCCACCUCCCGCUUUCAGGAGGUGAAUUUUGUUUAAGCUGCACAUGCUUCUAACAGUAAUGUACAGAUGCAUAUUUGACCCAAAGACACCAACGUAGCAACCCUCACUUGAUGGGUGCCCAAAAUAAGAAACCGUUUUGGAAUCUUUUUGGAGCUGAGCUUGGGGCUUCUGCCUUACUUGAGGCUGUUUUGUUUCUUGUUCCUUAUUGAGUUAGCAAAACUUGAUACUGUAAUAUUUACUGUUAAGUUUUGGGGUAAAUGUAAAAUGCCAUUCUGUCCUUGAAGAACAAUCUUGCUUUGAAGCAUUACUUAGGGGAUAAACACAUACCAUUCUUUCAAGGCUGAAGGUCAUUUUCUAUCUGAAGAAAAAAAAUUUUUUUCAGCAGGCUUGAUAGCAAUGUCAGGAAGAGGGACAGUGGGGUGGGGUUGGGACCUGCAGCUUUCUCCACAGGCCUCAUGGGAGCCAGGCUGCCUUAAACAACAUGAUCACCUCAAUGUUCUUCAUGACCUCCCAUCCCAUUUCCUUCCAAGGGAAUCUGGUCUUCCUGUCACUCAGGAUAAGAAUCCCCUGUAAGCACCACUGAGCUCCAGGAAGUCACAGUAAUCUUAUCAGGAGUGCGAUUCCCCGGCUGGGACUUUGAAUUUAUCUAACUUGGAGGUAUCUGCUGAGGGCAUCUAAUCCCCUGUGUGGAUGUGCUGAGCCUCCAAACAAUUUACAGUGGUCCUCUUACAAAGAUGACCUCCUUAGUUGACAAAGGCAGAAGAUGUGUGUCCAAAUUUGUACAGACUAAUCAGAAAUCCGUGAUUUAACCCAGUACUUCUAUGAAAACAGUUGCUUCUACCUGCUUGACUGCAAAUAACUCAGCCUCACCCUCAAGUAAAUUUCUGGGGAGCCUAAAUGAAAAUUGGGUAGUACCUAAGUUUUGUGUAGCCUCUAGGACUCUAGGACUCUAAAGAACUUUUGCUCUCCUUUUAAUCCUUAUAUGAAAUUGGGAGGGAAAUUGUAAGUUUCUGGUAAAUAUUUGAUAAUUUGUACUAAUUAUUGCACGGUGGUUUUCCUAAUUAGUCUUAUGUGGUUUAGGUAAUUUCUUCCCUUUUUUCCCCAACUUUUAUUAGAUAUUUUCUUCAUUUAUAUUUCCAAUGCUAUCCCAAAAGUCCCCCAUACCCUCCCCCCCCCCACUCCCCUACCCACCCACUCCCACUUUUUGGCCCUGGCGUUCCCCUAUACUGAGGCAUAUAAAGUUUGCAAGACCAAGGGGUCUCUCUUUCCAAUGAUGGCCGACUAGGUUAUCUUCUGAUACAUAUGCAGCUAGAGACACGAACUCUGGGGGUACUGCCAUUAGUUCAUAUUGUUGUUCCACCUAUAAGGUUGCAGACCCCUUUAGCUCCUUGGGUACUUUCUCUAGCUCUUCCAUUUGGGGCCCUUUUUGUUUUUUAAGUUUUAUGACCUCAAAGAUCUUUUUUAAAAAAAAAAUUAGAUAUUUUCUUUAUUUACAUUUCAAAUGUUAUUCUCUUUCUUAUUUUCCUCUCUGAAAAUCUCCUAUUACCUCCCCCCUCCCCCUGCUCCCCAACCUGCUCACUCCCGUUCCCUGGCCCUGGCAUUCCCCUAUACUGGGGCAUAGAACCUUCACAAGACCAAGGGCCUCUCCUCCCAUUGAUGACUGUCUAGGCUAUAUCUUAAUGCAAAGAAAAGCCAUUUUAAAAACUUCUCUGCUUACCUUCUCUACUCCCCUGCCUGGGGAUACUUUCUGACCUCAGCACAGCGUACAGUUACAUCACAACAGAGCUUCACUGGGUGCUAUUUUGUGUCAGGGAUCAUCACUAGAGAAACCUUUGCCUUGCUUCCCUCAUGGCUCCUUUGUGAUGGAUUCUUAGUGUUAGCAAACACUGAGAAAGAACCAUCUUUUCCUUACCACAGUGGCCUUUGAGUCUAGGAAGCAUGUAAGAAUCUUGCUUUCACGAAAUACUGCAAAUAACAUGGAAGAGCAGACCUCGGAUCAGGAAGAACAAAGGUAGAAAAUAGCUUCAAAGGCAUAGCUAAGGCAUAAGGAGUUCACCUCAUUUAAGAAACGUACGCUGUAUUUUUUCUGUUUACCUCCAUAAACAUAUCUGUGUAUCAAGAUCCAUGACUGCAUAAGUAUAUAUUUAUAAACUUGCUUCCAGUUGGCAUCUGAGAGUAAGUUGGCAUCUUUGUCAUACAUAUACACACAAAUGUGCAUAUGUAUGAGUAUAUAUGCACAUGUUUAUUUUUCGUAUGUGAAUCUGAGUGUAGAUAUAUAAUUGCACAGAUAGACUUGGAUCUAAUGUAUCUUGUUAAAAAUGACUACAUUUAUAUAAAUAAACUUACUUAUAUAGAAUUUAUUCUUAGUUGGCAUCAGAAAGCAAGGUGGCAUCUGGUAGAACAUUUCAGUUUUCAUUUCCUGUUUUUUGCAUGUGUGUGCCUGUGCUCACGGCAUGCAUGUGUGUGUGCAUGCACGUGUGUGUGCACAUACAUGCAUGUGCGUAUGUGUGUAUGUUCAUGUGUGUGCAUGUGUGUCAUGUGAGUGCCUGUAAAUAUGAAUAAUAGAAUGGGUGUGUUCUUAUUGCUUUAUAUAAUUCUCUCAGUAAUGACUAAGUAAAUGCAACUAGAAUUAUAUUUAUUACAGUUGGUAUUCAAAAAUUAAAUUUAGAAAGUGGUUAAGGAAUUUCCACAAACAAAACCAAAUGAUGGAGGUUCAGUAUGCACAGUGAGCUAGAAAGAACAAAACUGAUUAACACAUCAGUAAGAGGAAUCAAAACCGAGCAAAAUAAGUGCUUAUUUUAUUGAGAAUGGUAGACCUUUUUGUGCUUUGCGAAGGUACAAUUUAAUUUUUUGUGUAUGCAUGCAAAUUUGUAUUAUAUAACUUACAGUAACUUAAUUUGUCUUAAUAUUUGAAGCUCAUGGUUCUUUUUAAUACUGUUAGUGCCAAUAGUGCAAAUGAAAUCUACCUUCCAAGACAGUUACUUUAUUCACUUAAAUUUCUUUAACAACAAAAAUGAUAUAGGCUUAAGAUCCAGGUCCAAGACAAAGAAAGGCACUUGAAAUAUAGUAAGUAACACACACACACACAAGGUCAUACGAAUGACAUUCUCAAAAGAGAGAAGUCGAAAUUCUGACUUUAGAUAACAUAGUAGGCUAAUACAGAAUUUUAUUGUCAAUCAACAUUAAGAUGAAAGGAGAAUGGCAACCAGAUUACUUAUGUACGAGAAAGUAAAUCAAAACCAACUUCAAUCAUUAGAGCACUUUGUAAUUUGUAGCACAUUUUUCAUGUGUAUUCUAAUAGGAAAUUCGAAUGCUAUGAACAUUCUCGUAAGAAAUAUAUUAAAAUAGAACAUAUAUAAUAAAUCUUACUAUAUUUUAAUAUAUAUUUUAAGAGUGUGCACACACACACAUACACACACAGUCACAAAGUAGCUGGCUGGUUGGCAACAUGAAUUUUGUGUAUCAGCUUGCCCCCAUAAAGAAAUGCUUUACUCGGCUCUGACAUUAACCCUUACACAAGUUGCAUAUGUAUGUAUAUACUACAACUUUGAAUGUAAAACUUCAGGUUACUUCCAGGUGACAUGCUUGUUCAUGUAAUGGGCGGAAUAAUUCAGUCAUAGUCACUUCGACUAUACAGAAGAAUUAUAUGACUCACAUUGAGGACGGCACGCGUAGCUGGUUAUGAUCUUUUACAAUUUAGAAGAUAGGUAAAUGACCAUCAUGAAAGAUCUAUUUCCUAUGUCAUAGUGUGGCUAUGUCAUCUAUGUCCAGACACAAACAUAAUCAACAUAAAGUGAUAUGGGUUUCCUAGGAGGCAGCCACAGAAUUUACAUACAGGUACGAGUUGUUCUUGCCAUUAGCUAAGACCUUGAACAUCUUUUAAUUGCUACACAUAUCCCAGGAUGUAUUUCAUUUAUUUUAAGUAUAUAAUGUGUUUCAGUCGUUAGGGUCAAUCAAUUAGUAUUAAACUGAAUAAUAUAAUUUUUAUAUUUUAAGAUUAUGCAUUUCUUCAUUUAUUAUAUGUUGCUUGUAUAUGUCCUUGUGUUCUGUAUGGUUGACUAAAACUAUUGCUGAAUUGGAAAGGAGAAAUAUCUAAUUUUAUAUUGACAUAGAAAGAAAGCUUAACCUGUUUUCUUGCUCUUUUUUUUUCUUAUAGAGAACACCUGUUCCCAGCGCUGAAGCGUUCCGAUGGUUCUUUUAAAGCUGUAGUGUAUCUUAUUUUCAAGGCAUUUGGGAAUGAAGGGCAAACUAAUGUCUUGUUUUAAGAAACCGCUUAGUCCACCAUUGAAGAAAUUAUCCAGAAAUUAUUUUCAUUUUAUGUAUAGGGAUUUCUUCAAAAAAAAUCAAAAAACAAAAAACAAGAGGAAAAGAAAACACCAACAGCAACAACAAAAAAAAGACACAUAAAAUUAACAGGGAAGUUUGGGGAAUUGGCCAGUUUAUUUACUUUCAAUACACUGAUUCUUCCUUUGAUGUAUUUAGCUCUACUAGUGAAGUUGUUGUCUAUUUUGAAAGUGGCUGUAAAAAAAAAUAAUAAUAAUAAGUUUGGGUAACCCCCGACUGUAAAAUCAUGUAUCUUUGCAAAGUACAUAUCUAUACUUCAUUUUCAAAUAUAUGUGUUUCAGUACUGUAAACUGUACAGAUAGCAGCUUGUAUUUUGUGUGUUUAGACACAAGGAGACAAUCAUGUCUGAGCAUCUAUGGAGAUUAACAGUUUGUACACAACACUAUGGUUCUGCAAGUUAAAAAUCUGGAGCAAUAAAUUUUAGCUUUAAAUAUU